AUGAAUACCCACACAGGCAAACAAAGCGAGAUAUCUAAAUCUACCAUAGUCAGUUAUGAGAAUGAUGUACAGGAGAAUGAUGCAUACGAGAAAGAAUCAACUGAUUCAAACAAAGGCGAUUGGACAUCAAAAGAAGAAAAGUAUGUUGUUCUAAAAGUCGAUUUUGUGGUUUUACUUUUGCUUACUCUUGGAUUGACAGUUUUUCAAUUUGACAGGAUGAACCUUGCAAGUGCAUUGACUGGAGGCUUCAAAGAAGAUGUGCAUGUAACUCAAAGCGAAAUUAAUACUGGAAAUGAGCUAAUGUUUCUAGGUAUUUUCUUAUUAGAAAUUCCUUCCAAUAUGCUACUAAUGAAAUUUGGUCCUAGAAAAUGGCUUCCUUUCCAGAUUUUGGUAUUUGGUUUUGUUGCUAUAAUGCAAAUCUUUUUAAAGAAUAGGUCUGGCUUUUAUGCUUCUCGUUUUAUGCUUGGAAUCGCAGAAAGUGGAUAUAUUCCUGGUGCAUGCUAUAUAAUCUCAAACUGGUAUGUACUUCUUGAAUUUAGUUCCCUGUAUUUUAUAAAAUACAUCUUGGUUCAUGCAAUAAUAUGCAAUUUGAUGACAGAAAUAGUUCAAACAUAUACUAACUACAAGUAG